AGGUAACAACAGGACCAAGAUGGCGGAUAGGAAAGCGGCGCUAGCAAAACUUUUAAAAGUUCCAGGAAAUGAAGUGUGUGCCGACUGUGGACUUGAAAAUCCUGAAUGGGCAUCCUAUAACAUAGGCGUGUUUCUAUGUGCAUCCUGUGCUGGAGUACACCGCAGUUUAGGCUCUCACAUCAGUAAAGUUCGAUCACUGACAUUGGAUAACUGGGAUGAUGAACAGAUCAAGAAAAUGGAAGAAGUGGGAAACCUCAGAGCCAAAGAGAAGUAUGAACAGAUGGUUCCACCAUCAUACAGACGACCAAAUACCAAAGAUGUACAAGUUCUACGUGAACAAUGGAUCCGGGGCAAAUAUGAGCGCAUGGAAUUCACAAAUCCUGAAAAGCAGACAUACCUUAGUGGGUAUAAGGAGGGCUAUCUGUGGAAACAAGGCAAAGACGACAGCAAAUUUAUGAAGAGGAGAUUUGUGCUGUCAGAGAAUGACAACAAACUGGUCUAUUUUAACAAAGAAAAUGCCAAGGAGCCUAAAGCAUCCCUCAGACUUGACGAGAUCAAUGCAAUAUUUGUGCCAGACAAGAUUGGCAACUUGAAUGGGUUGCAGGUUACAUAUGAUAAGGAAGGCACAACCAGGAGUCUGUUUUUAUAUGCAGAAGAAGGCAAGGACAUCGUGGACUGGUAUAAUGCUCUUAGAGCAGCAAAACUGAAUCGUCUCAGGAUUGCGUUUCCAUUGAGUCAUAUUGAUGAGUUGUCUCAGCAGCUGACCAGAGACUUUGUCAAAGAAGGCUGGUUAUUUAAGCAAGGACCAAAUGCCAAAGAUGCAUUCAGGAAGAGGUGGUUCACACUGGACAAGAGGAGGCUUAUGUAUUCUGAAAAUCCACUGGAUGCCUUCCCAAAAGGUGAAGUCUUUAUAGGAAACAAGGAACAAGGAUUUGCUGUACGGGAUGGUGUUCCUCCAGGUCGCCCAGACCAAACCUUUGGCUUCACCCUGAAGACUCCAGACCGCCCUUUUAUUUUGAAUGCAGAGAGUCAACAAGAAAAGGAGGAAUGGAUGAGUGUACUUAAGCAAGUUGUAGAGACACCCUUGACACCACAAGAUUCUAGUGCUGCAGCAGCAGUGGUAAGGAAAAGAGCAAACUCUGCUCUAGAUGCUUUUAGUGCUUUAAAAAUAAGGUAACAAAGAAUAAGUCUAAUAACCAUUGGACAUUAGUGUUUUAUUCAAAAACUGGGUAAAAGGAGGACCACAGAAGAUAGAAGACCCCAUAAGACUUAGCAGUGAUCAUUAUCAGUCUAGUUCCUUGGACACUUAUUCCUUUGGAGGAAGCUUCAUUGUACAGAUUUUAAAUGUGAAGUAUCCAUCCAAACUAUGGAUUUAGCCUGAAAGGUCCAUCAAAAGGAGGUUAUCACAUAUUCUCAGUUAAGUCCAAGUCGAUUGGCUGACCAACUUUUAAGAAAUAAUUGUGUAUUUGGUGACAUUGUGAGAGCAAAAUAUUUUAUAUAACAUUUAUUUUAUAAAUUCAAAUCAUGCCAAAUUGCAAUCAAUUAUUUGGUGUUAUAAUGGAUGUUAUUAGUUUUAAUACCGCCUGGUGUCAUGAUAUGAUAAUAUUUAAUCAAGGAUAAUAUGUAUAAUGGCAUCAUGAAAUGCAUAUAAAUUUGCUUUUAGUUAGGUCUGUUACUUAUAGCUUGGUACAUGCAUGCUGCAUCAGUCAAUCAUGGUGAUGUUUCAGCUUAGCUGAUAAAAAUAUUGGAGAAAAAAGUUGAAACUCAAAAACUCAAUGAUAAGCCUUGCAUGAAGAAUCAUACUGAGAUAUCUGUAUAAUGCAUAAGAAUAAUACAGUGUAGUAUGCUUGAGUCCUUUAAAAUCAGUUAAGAUACAUGUUAUAGUAACACCACCCCAGUCUGUUUUGGUGAAACACUUUUUGCCAUUUGUCAAUGAAUGUGAUUAUAAUGUUCCCAAAUCAAGAAAUUUCAUCUGAAAAACAGUGUUUCACCAAUAUGUUUGUUUGCUCUCUGUCACAGUUUGCAUUCCCACUGUGUAUAUGUCACGUCUUUUAUUCUCCUGCAUAUUCCUUACAUACUAAUUAAAGCAAUAAAUUAAUGAAUGAAUAAAUCUUCAGGCUCAGGUCUAUCUGGUGAGUAACUAGCAAUAUUAGUGAACCAUUUGCAAAUGAAUCACUGUAUUUUGUAUUUGUGACAUCAGAAAUCCCUGUGCUGGUGCAGUUUCUAGACCUAUGCAUAACAUAACAGGUCCUGCCAUCAUUCCACAGCCUGCUUGUAUGCUCACCAGGUGGCAGCAACAUUGUUCUGGUUUAUCCGCUCGCUAGAUGGCAGCAUGCUAUCAGCCCAGUGUGUGAGCAGAUGACAAUCAGUUUGUUCCCCACUAAAAUCAAUUCCAAUGGGCCUCUUCCUUUGGCAGAUAUCAUUUUUA